AUGGUUUAUCGAGGGAAGCCCAGUCCUGCCUGUGAGCCCUGUCGGACUAGACGCCUUAAAUGCGAUCAGCGGAGGCCGUCCUGCUCACAAUGCGUCCGCGCUCAUCGAGAAUGCUCGGGGUAUCGCGACAUAGCGACCCUGAGCUUUCAUGAUCAGAGUGAGGAAGUAAUAGGAAAGGCCCGUCGCCAACAGAAUAGUACUAAGGUGUCGACGAAGGCCCUGUCAUGCUCGAAACGACCAAGUCCGUCCUCGGCCAAUGGCUACCGACAAGCAGCGCCUACAAUAUUCUCAUCUCUCACAUUCUCGGUGAAUGACCAAGCGUCAGGUUUUAUCUUUUCACAUUAUGUCCGAAACGCAAAGCACACUCGAGGUCAUCUUGACUUCCUGCCAACCCUUUUUAGGCAGGAUACUAGUCCCGCGGUCAGGGCCUGCAUCAGCGCCCUGGGACUCGCGUCCCUGGCUAAUAUUCAUAUGUCGCCCGAGUUAAUGUCUGCUGCACGACAUGAAUAUAGUGCGGCACUGUCCGCCACUAGUAAAGCCCUACGCGACCGGGAAUGUGCACGGUCCGACUCAACCUUGGCAGCAGUUGAACUCUUGUCGCUGUAUGAGAUCCUGACGUGCGAGGGUGUACCUUUAAUAGGGCGCUGGUUGAACCAUAUAGAAGGGGGUGUGAAACUGAUUGAGCUUCGUGGAUUCGACCAAGUACAGCAUCAAGCGGGCUUGGAGUUAUUCACGCAGAUCCGGACACAAAUUGCAUUGGGAAAUUUAUACAAAAAGCAACGCACCCCGUCAUGGCUGCUAGACCUGUCCAAAGAGGCUCUAAAGCACCGUGGCGAGACCGGGGACCAGGUGCUGGACUACUUCUUUCGGAUCUUGGUGGAAGUCGGUGAUCUGGUUGCAACUAUUAACGAGAGCGCUUUUGCCCAUCCAGCUAGGAUUCUUAAAAGAGCUCUCAACCUUGAUGCCGAGCUGAUUACGUGGGCGAUGAGUAUUGAUCCGAGAUGGAAAUACGCCGUUGUUAAGGUCAAGAAGCCCGAUGAUGAGAACGAUACCGUCCGCCAUAUAUACAGUGACCAUUAUCAUAUCUACCCUAAUAGCACAGUGAGCAUGGCUUGGAACCACUAUCGGUUCAUUCGCAUCAUUCUCCAUGGCAUCAUUGGAUACCUUUUCGCCACUCACUUUCAGGAAUCUGAAGGAGGGGGAUCAUACCAACAAAGCGAGAGGCAGAGCACCGCAAUCUCCCAACAGUUAGCGGAGGAUAUAUGUGCGAGUGUACCGUAUCAUCUGGGCCUGACCAGCUCAUCCGAUGGGCCAACCUUGGGUAUUCCGUUUGCUGGCGGUGUUAUUCGCUUGAUGUGGCCGCUUUUUAUUGCGUCCGACUGCCGGGGCGCGUCGCUGAAAAUGCGGGAAUGGAUUGCACAGUGUCUGCAUAAAAUUGGCCGUGGCGUAGGGAUCAAUAUGGCGGUUACAAUGUCCCAGAUCCUUCGAGCUGACAUGCACAUUAACUGGCUGGAGGAGGAAGAGACUAAUGUGGUGAGACGACCAUAUCUUGUACGUAACGAGUAUUUUCCGCCGGACACAUAA